AUGGUUUCGGACAAUACGACCUACUACGGUAACGAACGAUCAGCUGAGUACGAUGAACCUCCAAUGAGCGACCAUUUCGCCACUUUCCCGGACACGGAUAUCACUCCGACUCUGGAAGGCUUUUCCAUCGUCAAAGAAGGUUUUUCUUUUAUUGUUUGGUUUUUUUGUUGCAUAGUGUAA